GGCUCAAGACUGCACCGUGUGGUGUCAAUGUGUAUUUUAGUAUCGGGUCUUUAAUAAAUGAUAAGUACAAGUUGACGGUGUCACCGAUUCGUCAGCAGAUUGAAAUUUUUUUUUUUUGGCAUCUCUCCAAGUAAAAGUUUUGUCAAUGUGUGUCUAUAUCCUGGGAUCAUGUUCACCAAUAGUGGUCACCUGAAGUAAGGCAAAGAUGUAUACAUUUAACCAGAGUAUGGCUUGGUGGUGGAUAAUUUUCACCUUAGGAGCAGCCUCAAUGGAGACAUGCCCUGAAGGGACAUUCACUGUCCCAUCAGACGAUUUUUGCCAGCCGUGCACUGUGUGCUCUGAGCUUGGUCAGUAUGAAACGCAACCUUGCGAGCCUGAAAACGACGCGAUUUGCUGCCCCAUGGCCAGUAUGAUCCUGGCGAAACAAGAUGAUGCCCAGGGCCAGUGUGAGCACGAGUCUUCUCAAAAAGGCUUUUGUUGCUAUCUGCUUUCACAAGUGACCAACAGCGCUGUCUUAGACACAACACACGCAACUGUAGACCCUGAUGUAGUAGAAAAUACAGUGACCACAAAGACCACAGAGACCAUACGGACCACAGAGAAAAGUACAACUUCCAGUUCAUUCUGGAGUACAGUGUUGAAAAUUCUUUAUGUACUGGCGCCCUUUGCACUAAUAGGACUUUCUUACUGGAUCGUACACAUUUCAUCUGCAGGAAAUAAUUGAAUCCAGACUACAUUCUACAUUAUAACCUAAAAUGAAACUUUUGACAUUUACAGCUAGUAGCAGCGCUUUAAUAUACAGGGCCGGCUUUACUAUUAUGGAGCCUAAUUGAAUGGAUGCUUUAUUAUAGACCUAUAUUCAACUUGUUUUUCUUACAAUUAUUUCUAUUAAUUAGAUCAAUAAAUCAAGAUUUGUUAUACAACAUGCAUAGGAACUCAACUCAAGAAAACAUUAAGAAACUGGAACAGACACAAAAUAGAGCAGUGAGAUUCAUAACAAACGAAUAUUCACAUUUGACUAGAGUAACACCUUUAGUUAAAUCACUAAAUUUAGAAAGCCUUCAAGACAGAAGACUCGAAAGUAAAGUAGCAAUUAUACAUAAAACACUGAAUCAUAAUCUUUAAAUACAAAAACAAAAUUUAAUAAAAUACUCUGAAAGACAAAAGAUAAAGGUACAUUCCUCAUCCCAUAUGCUAGGACAAAUUUGUACAAAUACUCAUUCUUCCCUAGUGCUAUUAGAGCAUGGAAUGGGUUGCCUGAGCUAGCCAGGAAAACCAGUGACUUGGCAGAAUUUAAGUCAUUGGUUAAUAUGCAUGACUGAAUGCAGAACGCAAUCAUCUUCUUUUUUGAAGUAACGUCUGUAUUAUAUAAGAUAAGAUAAGAAUAUUUUUUUAACUGCAGGAACAUCAAGAACACCCUUUUAUAGUCUUAAGACUUAUUAUUGAGAUCUAUUAAGUCUAAAUCAACAGCUAGGCCUAUAUGGAUCUAAAAGCAUUAGGGUAACCAACUCUAGAAAAAAAAAACUUAAUCCACACCCUCUCUGACCAUAAAGUAAAUAGACUGUGUCCAACUGAUUUUAACAAUGGUCAGCUAGACAUACACAUGACCACAUGUAGGCCUAGUGUACUGUACGUGUGUAGUCGAUAAUACUGUAAGACUACCCUGCAUUAAGCGUUAUACAAUAGUGUUUGCUUUAAUGUGGAGAGGUCAGACAAGAAAAUAACACACUGGCGUGGCUAGUCAAGCAUGUUCGUAGAUAUAUCUUUACACUAAAAUAGUUAUACACCCUCCCUGCCCAGAAAGUAAAUAGACAGUGUGUCCAACUGAUAUUAACAAUCUGGCCAGAUAGACGUACACGUGUAGGUCUAUAUAGUGUACUGAGUGUGCAGUCCAUAAUGACAAGAUCACCCAGUUUUUUUUUCCUUGCACGUUUAACGGUUAUACAAUAGUGUUAGUUGUAUUUUUAGUGGUCAGACAAGUAAAAUAGCACAUCGGCAGGGUUAGUCCAGCAUGUAUUUUACACUAUAAAAUAGUUAUACUGGUCAAAUGUUUUUUAAAACUCCAACGAUUUCGUUUCUAUUUCUUUGGAUACUAGAUCUAAAUUUUAAAUUCUAAAUAUAUAUUAUUUAAUGAGAUUUUAAACUUUACCAGUGUCAGGUUCUUGUGUUCUUGUAUUUAUCAAAUUAUUAUUAUAUAUUUCAAAUGCGAAUAUGUAUUAAUAUUAAAUAUUAUUUCAAUUUGUAUUAUUGUUAUUAUUUUCUGAACUUAUAAUAUUUUGGCUCAAGUUCAGCCUGACAAGCACAUCACACACAUAUAGUUGUAGAUAAACUAAUAAACUACGUGUAUGAUGUAAAUAACAAUACAA